AUGAAGGUCGCUUCUUUCAACGUCCGGAAAUUUGGGAGAGAAAAACUCUCUGAUAAGUUUGUGCGGGAAACUCUGAUCAAGAUAGUGUCACGCUACGACAUCAUCGUUAUUCUCGAGGUGGUGGAUUCUAGCGGAGAUUCAGUGGAAAAGUUUCUCAGAGAGCUGAAUCAGUUCUACAAAAAAAUUAAUUACAAGAUGAAGAUCAGCACACGCCUGGGAAGAGGACAAUACAAAGAACAGUUUAUGUUCCUUUACAGGGACAAAGUGGUGGAUUUGGUCGGGCCUUACCAAUAUGAAGACAAUCAGCCAGGAGAUGAAGAUGCUUUCGCCAGAGAACCGUAUGUUUUGCGAUUCAACUGUCAUAACACAGAGUUGGAAGAUUUGGUGAUGAUACCAGUCCACACAAAGCCAGAUGAUGCAGAGAGGGAAAUUGACGAACUGUAUGAUGUGUUUAAAGCUGUCCAGAAGAAAUGGGGCACUAAAAACAUCAUGAUUUUGGGGGACUUCAACGCAGAUGGCACAUAUCUGUCCGAGGCAGCCAAGAAAAAAAACAGAAUCUGGGAGGAAGACUUCCAUUGGUUGAUCGAGGAUGGUGUGGACACCACAGCCAGCAACAACAAUAGAUAUACUUACGACAGGAUUGUGGUAUAUGGAGACGAUAUGAGGAAUGCUGUUGUUCCAAACUCUGCGAAAUCAUUCAACUUCCAGGCGGCCUACAGUCUAACAGAUACGGAAGCGCUGAGAGUGAGUGACCACUAUCCAGUACAAGUGAAGCUGAACUAAAAAAAGCAGCUUAAACAAAUGCAAGAGACACGGACGGCAGCAAAAUGAUUAAAAACACAAGUUUUUGUGUUUAGGUUGAACAAAGAUGAUAUUGUGAGACGGAACAUUUGUGGACAAUAAAAGUGUGACAGAUGGAUAAGCUUGUACAAACACUUCUGUGAUUGUUUACAUGAGACUGAAGUUUACUUGAAACGUUCGGAUAUUGUAGUUAUUUUUCACGAGCUUUGAAUGUUUCACAAAGACAUUAAACAUCUGAAAUUGAAAUGUACAGUCAUUACAAACUUUAUUCCUUUACAAGAGAAAUGUAAAC